AUGGCGCGCACGGCGGCCCUCUGCGCCGCGGCGCUCGCGGCCCUGGCGCUGUGCGCCGGCCCCGGCUUCGUCUCGGGCCCCGCGGCGCCGCGGCGGGAGGCCAGCGUGGCCGCGGGCGUGCUCCGCAACAACCAGUUCGAGGACAUGACCGCCUACGACGCGCCGAGGCGCAAGCCGAACUUCAACGGCAUCCGAACGGGCCUCAGCGACCUGCUGAAGCCGCUCAACAGCGAGUACGGCGUGACCGCCAAGGAGGACAGCCCCGCCACGUACGUGGUGCUGGUGUUCGCGAUCGUCAUGCUGUUCCUCUUCUACACGCUGCUCCUGCUGAUCAACAACCAGUCCGUGCUGCUCCCGCCAGAGGACGAGUUCGACGAGUACGUGGCGAACUUCCUGCCGUACUUCUUCUUUGGGGAGCGGUGA